CAAAGAAUUAGUAAAGAUUACGACACUCCAUCAAACUUUAAAAUUUGGAUAAUCCCUUUAUAAAUAAUAUCAUGUUUGAAGAAACUAGCCUUCUCAUUAAAAUUUGUAUAAUUUUAAUCGCGAUUGUGUUUAUACUUGGUGCAGGCCUUGGGAAUCUUGCUCUAAUUUUGAUUUAUUUCUCAAAUAAGAAAAUUCAAAAUCCUUCCAAUGCCUAUUUUAUAUGUUUGGCCGUGGUUGACAUUCUUAUUGGGUUUGUGUUGAUGCCACUGACGUUUCUUUAUUUGUACACAAACAACUGGACGCUUGGAAUUGGCACAUGCAAAUUCUAUUUGAUGGGAUGCUACUCGUUAAGUUGUGCCCGUUCUGCACAUCUUGUCCUCAUUGCUUUAGAUCGCUACAGAAUUGUAGUUCAUGGGGUUUCCUAUCUUCAUAGGAGAACGUUCGUUAAUAAUGUUGAGCUAAGUUGCACUAUUUGGUUUAUUUCGGUGUGGAUAGUUCUCCCAGUUUUGAUUGACUGGGACCACAUCGCAUCUGACCCGGAGGUACAUGGAAUAUGUGCUUUGAAGAAGACUCCAAGUUUCUUUGUCCUUGUUAUCCUGACAAACUUCAUCCUUCCUGUGGGCCUUCUCACACGACUUUACACUCAACUUUUUCUCCUCUUACGAGCGAAAGCAACAAACAAGUUUAAUAAGCAAAAUGCACUCCAAUCAACUAAAACCAAACCUGAGGAGCUAAAUAACAUUGGUGGUGGAGAUGAGGAAACUAUCACCGAAUUAACCGAAACAGACGCGGAGGAUAAAAUUAUCAAACAACCUUUAUCUUCAGUCCGACUUCCAAAAUCUGAAAAAUUUAAAGUAAAUUUAAAAAGAGAGCGUACGGCGGCAUGGUCAUUGGGGAUAAUAAUUGUUGGAUGUUAUGUUUGUUGGAUACCAUUUGCCGUAUUGUUUCUGUUGGAAGUCGUUGGAAUAGACAUAGCAAAAUCAUAUUUUUUAGCCGGUGCUAUAGUUGGAUGGACAAGCUCCUCUUUUAAUCCGAUUGUAUUGACGAUAAGAAACCGGGAUUUCAAUCAGGGGCUCAUGAAAAUGUGGACAAGUACAAAAAAUCUAAUUUGUUAAUUUUGGGUGGAUUAUAUUAGCUAUAUCCAUAAUUAUUUACACAUGUCCUCGCUUUAGAAUAUUAUGGUUGAUAAUAAAAUUGUAAUUUUCAAUGCCA